CACGUGGGUGUCUGCGGCCAGCCCGCUCCUGCCUCACAGCACUUUAUGGUUUUAUGGUUUUGGAGCCUGCCUGUAAAUGCAGAUGGGUUGAGCGGCCCUGGGGAUGUGCUGUGGGGUCCCCCAGGCGCAGGAUGGGCAGCUGGGCUGGGCAGCAGAGCAGCAGUGCCAGGGCUGCCUGUGGCCCCCUGCAGUGCCCUGCUGCGAUGGCGAGUGCAGAGCCCGACCCCGAGGACGCAGCCGGGGCGGGAGGGGCCGUGCCCUGCGACAGGACGGAGCUGAGCCAGCGCCUGGCCGUGGAGGAGCUCGUCACCACCGAGGCCAGCUACGUGCACAACAUGCAGCUGUGUGUGUCGGACAUCCGGGCGCACCUCCAGGAGAAGCAGCUGCCUGAGCUUGACCUGGAAGGACUCUUCUCUAACACUGAUGACAUCCUGCAUGUCUCCAGACGGUUUCUGAAGGGUCUGGAGGCCACAGCUGGCCAGGGCCAGGAGCAGCUGCUCUGCAUCAGCACCCUGUUCCAGGAGUUCAAGGAAGAGAUGGAGACUGUCUACAAGAUCUACUGUGCCAGCUACGACCACGCCCUGCAGCUGGUGGAGAGCUACCGCAGGGACCCCCGGCUGCAGGAGGAGAUCCUGGACACCCUGAAUGCCACCGUGCCUCACACGGGCGCGUCAGACCUCAGCUUCUUCCUGGUGAUGCCCGUGCAGAGGGUCACCAAAUACCCUCUGCUGCUGGGGAAGAUCCUGGAGAACACCCCGAGCAGUGCCAGUGCCCACUCAGCCCUGCAGGCAGCGGCUCGUGCCAUGGCCCAGGUCAAUGCCAACAUCAACGAGUACAAACGGCGCCGGGAAGUGGCAACCAAAUACAACAAGGCCGAGCACCUGACGCUGCGGGACCGCCUGGCGCGCCUCAACACCCACUCCAUUGCCAAGAAAACCACGCGCCUCAGCCGGCUCCUCAUGCACGAGGCUGGCAUCGUGGCCAAGACUGAGGACAAGGAAUAUGAUGACCUGGAAGAGAAGUUCCAGUGUGUGGCAUCCAGUGUGGCCACGCUGAAGGAGAACGUGGCAUCCUACCUGGGCCAUUUACAGGCGUUCCUGCUGCCCACCCCGCACCAGUGGGACCUGCAGAUGGACGAGGGACCCGCCCAGCAGCACCGCCGCCUCUCGGAGCUCCUCCACAGCUCCGUGUUCCCAGAGUUUAAGCAGCGUGUGGACAGGCUGGGGUGGCAGCCCCUGUGCAGCCUCUCAGACACGCUGGAGGGGCCCCAGCAGCUGGUCAAGAAGCGCCUGGACAAGCUGCUGGACUACGAGGAGAUCCAGGAGAGGAAGAGCGAGAUGGGCAGCGUGAGCUACGACGAGGAGGCAGCCAUGAACACCUACCUGGCCAUCAAUGACCUGCUGCUGGCCGAGCUGCCCCGCUUCAACCAGCUGGCCCUGCAGCUCCUGGGGCAGAUCCUGCGCUCCUUCAGCGCCCUGCAGCUGGACUUGGCUGCCCAGGCCCUGCAGCAGGCAGAAAAGGAGCUGGAGCAGCUGCCCCAUGGCCACAUGCCCCUGCCCAGCUUCUGGAAGGUGGUGGAGGACACCCUGCAGCAGUCGGGGGCUCAGCUCCGUGCCUUCUGCCAGGCCUUUGAGACUGUCACACCCAGCCCUGGCACCCAGCCUCUGACCCCUGCUGAGGAGAGGAAGGUCCUUUCCCUUGUGAGCAAGCACGGCCCAGACAAGCUCUACCAAGUGACCAGCAACAUCAGUGGCAGCAGAGACUUGGACCUGACCUUGCUGAGGGGACAGAUCGUGGCUCUGCUGCAGAGCUCCGACACCAAGGGCAACACGAGCAGGUGGCUGGUGGAUGCUGGAGGUCCCCGAGGGUUUGUUCCUGCUGCAAAACUCAGACCCUACAGCCCAGUACAAGCCCAGCAGCCUGGGAUGCAGCUGCUGUCCCUGGACAGUGGCACAGAGAGCAGGAGACAUUCCUAUGCAUCCCCUGAAGCUCCGAGGCCACAGGUGGCCACCUUCACCCCAACAUUCCAGGUGGUGGCCGGCUUCUCCUUCGCAGCCCGGAGCCCGCAGGAGGUGACCCUGCAGGCAGGGCAGCCCGUGCUGCUGCUGGAGCCCCACGACAAGAAGGGGAGCCCAGAGUGGAGCCUGGUGGAGGUGAAUGGCCAGAGGGGCUACGUGCCCUCCAGCUACCUGGUGACCGUCCCCGUGCAGGACCCCGCGGGCUGGAGCUUGCCCGUGUGAGCGUAGCCAGCCCUCA